GUCACAUCCCAUCUCGCUACGCGGAGAGGCGUCUGCUGCCCUAGCGCCGCCGCCGCCGCCGCACCAGCCAGCCAUGGCGCUCGCCGCCCGCCUCGUCUCCCGCUCCCGCCAGCUAUAUUCUGCCCAAGCUGCUUUGGCCAAUGGAGGCGUCUCCCAAGUCCGCUCAUAUGCCAAGGAGGCAGCUCCAGCUGACCGCCCUCCCGUCAGCGGAGAUGACCUAUUGAAGGGCAUAUUCUUUGAGGUAAAGAAAAAGUUUGAGACAGCACUUAGUGUCCUUAAGAAGGAGAAGAUCACAAUUGACCCAGAUGACCCAACAGCAGUUGCUGGUUAUGCCCAAGUCAUGAGGACUGUAAGAGACAAGGCAGGUCUUCUUUCUGAUUCUCAGAGAAUUAAGUAUACUAUUGAGACUUUCACGAAGGGCAUCCCUGAUGCAAGGACGUACUUGAAUACCCUGCAGGAGAUCAGGAAAAAGAGUGGGCUUAUAGAUGAUCUUGGUGUUGAGGCUUUGAUGAUGGAAGCCCUUGAGAAAGUUGAAAAAGACAUCAAGAAGCCCCUUCUGAGGAGUGACAAGAAGAAUAUGGCUCUCCUGGUUGCCGAGUUUGAUAAGAUUAACAAAAAGCUUGGCAUUCGGAAGGAGGAUCUUCCCAAGAUCGAGGAAGAACUUGAAAUGGAAAUUGCUAAAAGCGAGCUGUCAGAACUUAAGAAGGAAUGUGUCGAAGCGAUGGAGGGUCAACUAAAGAGGGAGGAGUUUAAAGAUGAGGUCAUGCCUGACGUCAGGAAGUUGGACAUUAGAAACUUCCUAUAAGUCCUGAUUGAUGAUAAUCCUCACGGUGUUCCGAACGCCGUUCGAUUUCUUUUCAAGCGACAGCCGGUGCUGCAAGCCACACCUAAUGGAUAUGCUAUUCUUGCUUUUUUGUAAUAAAACUGCACUGAAAAUACAACGACAGUCAACCGUUGAGUUGAGUUGCUUAGUUACCUUCCGGCGUCGAGAGUUUUGUUUCCUUUUUAGGCUGGCAGAGUGAACUUCAAGCGUUGCUUGAUUCGUGCCUCCUGCUGUGGUUGUAUGUAAUAGCCACUCCUUAUAAAUUGUAUGGGCUGCUCCAGUGUCA